ACGGACACGCAGCGCGAACAUGCAACACCGGACUUCGGGAAGCAGGAAAGGAUCGCAUCGGCGACGACGAGGUCGCGCGUCGCAUCAAGUCGGAAAAGUGGGGCUGCGGCCGCAUAGCACACGACGCUGUUAUCAGAUUGUCGAUCCUUCCCCGGCCGGUCUCGAAUUAGUCGCGGAAGCCGGAGCGCCGACGAUGGUGUAGACGACCCUGAGAUUGUAGCUGUGAUGCCAGAUGGAGCCGGUCGAGGAGGCAUCGAUGCGAGCUCGGUGCGACGGUGAAGAUGAGGAGCUCGAUGAGGGCGAUUGGGUGCAGCUGACACCACAUGGCGAGAAACGAGAUCCGCUGCACAAUCUCGCCCGAACCCGCAGCGAGGAGAGCGAUGAAGAGGCAGCACAGAUCCUCGAGGAGCUUCAGGACAUAGAGAUAUCUGAGUUCCUUGAUCGAGUCGGGCGUACGGUGACAGAAGUCAAGCUCGGGCACGACGCAGCUGCUGUACCUACACCCUUUCCUGACCUCAAAGAGCAUACCACACCAACAGGAUCGACAGACUACAUCGGCUACGCACGCACAUAUGCAUUCGCACUCGCAGACACCUAUCUGCCCGCCAGCUUUCUCAGCCCACCUCAUCGAGAAAAGUUCAGUCUUACAAGGACGCGACAACUGAGCGAGCGUCUCUAUGUGGUCGUACCGCCGAGCUUAGCCCGCUUCGUGAUCGAGAAGAAGGUGGCAAGGAUCUACAGAUGGCAGUCGCCGACUGUGACAGGCACGAUAGCAGCAAUCUACACGUACCUAUGGUAUCACAACCUCAUACCGGCGGCGACCUUGGCGUUUCUUGUGUACCAGCUACUUGCAAUCAGAAUGUUCCCGCCCAGUGCAGAAGCGCUGCGAAAGGAGAUCGCAGCUAGACGUGCACGGGGAGAGAGAGCCGCACAAAUUGGCGGCGAGGUCCACGGCCGAGCUGCAGGAGGACUGGCCACUGCCAUCAUGCAGAUCAGCAAAGUUCCUAUCCAGGUUGGUGCGAACGCGCCUACUGAGCCUCUCUCGCCGUCGACCGAGAAGACGUUCGAAGCCGCGACAAGUUCAUCCGCGCAUAACUCAUCUGUCGGCUUCUAUCGGAUGAUCGCAGAUGCUUCUCAUUCGUUCGGACCGCAUGCGCAAGUCUAUUUGAGCGAUUGGGCCGACCUUGCGGAGAAGACCAAAAAUGUCGCGCUUUGGCGGCGGCCAACCGCGACAUAUCGCACGCUCUCCAUCUUGUGCUGUUGCUCACUCAUGCUAGCUUUCCUGCCGGCUGGCAUGCAAGUGAAAGCUCUCUUUGGCUGGCUCGGCUUUCAUUUCUUCGUCUUGUCGUAUCUACAAGACGCCUAUCCGAAGUAUAGACGGGCACUGAACCCCCUAUUCUGGCUGCUCUGGGACGCGCCGACGGAUGCAGAAUGCGCGCUGGAUAUGCUUGCCGAGCGCGCAGGUCGUCCAGUGUUCAACCGACAUGAUUUGAAGAAGCUGCGCGCUAAGAAGCAGAAGCAAGAAAUGCAACGGCCAGCGCAGCCGCGACGCAUGUCGGCUCUGCGACAGAAGCUGCAUCGGGGCUCCUCUGGCAACGAUCUGCCGACCCUCUCAAGAGCAUCUACAGCAGCCUCUAGCGCCAGCGCCCUGACCGCGAGGCCGGCUUCAAUCAGAACAAUCUCCGCUACAUCGCUACAACCGGAAGCGCGAUGCUUCUUUGCUCUGCACAAAUCAACGCCUGGUCAGCUCCGUCUCACAAGCGAACGACUUGAGUUCAGUCCUAUCAAGGGUCUGCAUGGUAUCUCAACGGGUAUAUUGCACGUACAUGAGAGAUCUCAGUCGACACCAGAUGCAGAUCUCAAAAAGAAUCGCAACGUCGUCGAAUUAUGUCUUGACGAUAUCGCAAGCAUCAAGAAAGAAGCUGGAUUUACGGUAGGAUUAUGGGACGCUCAUGGGCUCUGUAUCACUACUCGGCAAGGCGAAGCAAUUCGAUUUGCAAAGGUCUCAAAGCGCGAUGAAUGCUUCAAUACGCUCAUCGCAUCAUCGCAUAGUACCAUGCGCCCUGUCAGGCGGACAGACUCUGCCUGAGCGCCUAGCAUCGGCUUUGUAUGAGCGAUCUUUGGUGUACUAAAGAGGGAUGUUGAGUAGAUUCGCAUUUAGUCGUUGUAUGGGCAUGCAAUACCAAUCGAGUUCAAGCAA